AUGGAAACGAAGAUGAAGACUAUCUCUAAACCGGGAAGGACGUCGGAGAUAUUUCCACAGACAUUGAUGAAAACUCCGAUGAAGAAUAAAACCGGAAACAGGGGAAAGUACAGAUCAAGUCCGAGAAUGAUUUUCCGACGAAAGACAUCUUCUUCAACUAAUGAUGAACCAUCUUCUCCAAAAGUUACCUGUAUAGGUCAGGUGAGAAACCGGCGCCGGAGAUCGAAACCAAUUCCCGUUCGACGGAAGGUAAAAGUUGUAUUUUAUGGACGUGGAUUAGGGAAAAGGAUACGGACAUGGAUGAAAUGGCCAUUCUUAUCGAUUUGGAGUUGUUUUGGAAGGAAGAAAAAUGAUAAAGAUGUAUCAAUGUCUUUGGAAAUGGAAAAUGAAACAGAAGAAAGAACACCCAUGAAGGGAGAAGAUGUAUCUGAUGAUCAAAGUUUGUCUUCACCACCAAAGAAUGCUCUUUUUUUGAUGAGAAAAGGAUCUACUUCUUUGAUGUCUCGAUAUUUUGAGAAUUCUGAAACUGAGGAUUUGAAUUCAUCGGAGAAAACAAAGGCGGCAGCGGCGGAGGAAGUGAAUGAAGAAAGAGGAGGUGAGGAGAUUGUUCAGCAGCCUUUUAUAACGGCUAGAUCGGAAAUUGAACCGGCGAGAAUGGUGGAGAAGAUGAGUCCCAAAGGAAGAUAA